UUCUCUCUUCUCAAACCUGAAAUUCAACUUUCCCUGUCUUCUCACUCCAUUAUUCUCUUCCUCUCUUCUGUUCCAGCUAGCUAGAUUCGUGGACUUGCUUCUUCAAUGGCUCAGAUUGCGGUUACUGCUCCAGCAACUGCAAUAGCUAUAAAUGGUAGGGGGAAGCAACUCUAUGUUGCAAAAAACAAAGUGAUCUUACCCAGUUGGAGGAUCGAAAGGGUUUCAUUGUUUGCUUCAUCAAAUUCAUAUGGGAAUAGAAGUGCUGUUGUUAAGGUAUCUGAAGGAGCAGCCAUCCCUAUCACUCAUGGUUGGCCAUCUCAAAAGGGUUCCGGAGAUCAAAUUGAAGGUGAGAGAAUGAAGGGUUCGAACCGUUUCUUCACGUUUGGGUUGGUGGCAUCGUGGUACUCUUCCAACAUUGGGGUGCUUCUGUUGAACAAGUACUUGCUCAGCAACUAUGGGUUCAAGUACCCGAUCUUUCUCACCAUGUGUCACAUGACAGCGUGUUCUUUGUUCAGCUAUGUUGCAAUAGCGUGGUUGAAGGUGGUGCCCUUGCAAACCAUUCGAUCCAGGGUGCAGUUCUUCAAGAUCUCUGCUCUCAGCCUUGUUUUCUGUGUCUCUGUUGUGUUUGGGAACAUAUCACUACGUUACCUCCCUGUGUCUUUCAAUCAAGCCAUUGGUGCCACCACGCCUUUCUUCACUGCUGUUUUUGCUUAUCUUAUGACCUUCAAGAGGGAGGCUUGGCUCACUUAUCUCACCCUUGUUCCUGUUGUUACUGGGGUCAUCAUUGCCAGUGGGGGUGAACCAAGUUUUCAUUUAUUUGGAUUUAUCAUAUGUGUUGCUGCUACAGCUGCUAGGGCCCUAAAAUCAGUGCUACAAGGAAUUUUGCUUUCUUCUGAAGGAGAGAAGCUGAAUUCUAUGAACCUUCUACUUUACAUGGCUCCAAUGGCUGUGGUUUUCCUCCUUCCUGCAACGCUUAUAAUGGAAGAAAAUGUGGUUGGCAUCACAUUGGCUCUUGCCAGAGAUGAUGUCAAAAUCAUUUGGUAUCUGCUAUUUAAUUCGUCACUUGCAUAUUUUGUCAACCUGACCAAUUUUUUGGUCACGAAACAUACCAGUGCUCUGACCCUUCAGGUAUUAGGGAAUGCUAAAGGGGCUGUAGCGGUAGUAGUUUCAAUUCUAAUAUUUAGAAACCCAGUAUCAGUCACUGGAAUGCUGGGUUACGCGCUCACAGUAUUUGGAGUUAUACUCUAUAGUGAAGCCAAAAAGCGAAGCAAGUGAUACAUCAUUCUUGGGAAGUCAGCAAACUCACAAUAUUUUGUUUUCGUUACUGCACAGACCACCUCACUAUUCCAUGAGGCAAAUUUGUUUAGCUUCUAGUGAUCAGAAUCCACAGAUUUCUGACUCUAAUAUACAAUUUUUUUCCCCACACGGAAGGCCUCUUUAAACGAGUUCCUCAUUGUAUUAGCAAUGAUGCAGAAAUAGCCCACAGUACAAAAGUUGCAAUAAGUGACUAAUGUCUCUACUUCGCCUAUGAUGGGAUAAUUGAGUACUUUUUAUCAUUUAUUCUUAGAGGAAAGAGUUGUAAAAUUGGAUAUCUACACACCUAUUGUUUACACUAUUUACAAUUUUACAUUUGUUUAUUAAUGAUAAAAUUCACAUUUC